UGAGCAUCGAAUUGGCCUGACCAUGGUUUGUUGGAUCAUGGCUUAUACAUUAUGUGUGUCUGCUUUCACGCAUGCGCAUCAAAAACCCAACAUAACCCAAAAGAAAGACACGGGAGGUUCAAGGUUGCAAAAAAAUCAUGAAGUAUAUAACGAGUAGUAUAAGGCGAAUGUGGGGUCGAAAUAAAGAUGUUCUUAAUUAUGAGAAAGUUACAUAUUAUCCACGCAAACGUGAUCAUCAAGAUCCACCAAUUAAACCUACUAAAUUACUUAUGGUUGAAAGAGUAAAAACGUUGAAAGGACAACCUUAUUGGGACAAAGAAAUCAUGGAGGAUUUGCACCUGGAUCAUGAUAGCAUAGAGAAGAUUGCCAUUGUAAAAAAUACACCGGAAGUAUGUGCUCUUCUCUGGCGCAUUAAGCACUUGGUAAAGAUUACACCAAUAAAAUUACCGGAAAAACUACCACACGAUAUACUUACGAAUAGAGAUACUUACCUUCAUGAAAAUGGAACCUUGAUGAUAUUUCCAAGAGCAGACAAAGAUCGCUUUGAGGCAACUGAGAAAUUCCAAAACAACGUUAAAAAGUUCGAUAACACUACAAUGAAAAAGUAUUUGAGACUAAAAUGGUUGAACCCAAUGGAAACGACUGCACCCGCUAAUCAAUGAAAAUAAAACUAUAUAAAUAUUCA